CGCUCGUAAUCAUUGUCAAUUGAGAAAAAUCAAAGUUUUACCAACUUUAGGGAAAAAGCAGCGCAAGUCUUCCUUCUCAUCACACUUGACUCAGUACUUCAGAUAUAGUUCCGAUCACCCAAUUUCAGCAGAUCUGAGUCCUCCACCGCUCAUCACCGCCCUUUCACAUGGCCUUCUCCUCCCGCCGCGGCGGAGCUGGGUGGGCCCAUUCACUCCUCCCCACCAGCAAAUCAUCUUCCCGACAACCUCGUAAAUCCCGCAGACGUACCGCCCUCAGAGACUUCUUUCUCUCAAAUUUCUUCACCAUAGGCCUCUCUUUCUCACUCUUCAUCUUCCUUCUCAUCGUCUACAGCUACGGAGUCCCUAAACCCCUUCUCUCAUCCCAUUUCCGGGCUGCCCGAACCCGAUUCCAUCGACUCAGAAAGCCCAGUUACCUCAAAUCUCCUGGAAGCGACGCCGUUUCAGGUGCGGUUGUUGAUAUUACCACAAAGGGCUUGUACGAUAAGAUUCAGUUUCUGGAUGAAGAUGGUGGCGCUUGGAAGCAGGGUUGGAACGUGAACUACAAAGGCAACGAAUGGGAUUCGGAGAAGUUGAAAAUAUUUGUUGUCCCACAUUCACAUAAUGAUCCUGGUUGGAAGCUUACGGUUGAGGAGUAUUAUGAUAGGCAGUCCAAGCACAUCCUAGAUACCCUUGUUGAAACGCUUCCGAAGGAUUCCCGGAGGAAAUUUAUAUGGGAAGAGAUGUCCUAUCUGGAGAGAUGGUGGAGGGAUGCAUCCAAUGAAAAGAAAGAGGCAUUUACCAAUCUAGUGAGGAAUGGACAGCUAGAAAUUGUUGGAGGUGGUUGGGUGAUGAAUGAUGAGGCUAAUUCACAUUACUUUGCAAUUAUUGAACAGAUUACAGAAGGAAAUAUGUGGUUGAAUGAGACUAUAGGUGUAAUUCCUAAAAAUUCUUGGUCCAUUGAUCCCUUCGGUUAUUCACCAACUAUGGCAUAUCUUUUGCGGCGUAUGGGUUUCGAGAACAUGCUAAUACAGAGAACUCAUUAUGAGUUGAAGAAGGAACUGGCUUUAAACCAGAAUUUGGAAUAUGUGUGGCGACAGAGCUGGGAUGCUGAAGAAAGAACUGAUAUUUUUGUUCAUAUGAUGCCAUUUUAUUCAUAUGAUAUUCCACAUACUUGUGGACCUGAGCCUGCAAUUUGUUGUCAGUUUGACUUUGCUCGCAUGUAUGGGUUUCCUUAUGAACGCUGUCCUUGGGGAGAGCAUCCUGAGGAGACCACCCAGGAAAAUGUGAAGGAAAGAGCACUUAAACUAUUGGAUCAGUAUAGAAAGAAAUCAACACUAUAUCGAACAAAUACACUUCUUGUUCCCCUAGGUGAUGAUUUCCGAUAUGUCAGUGUUGAUGAAGCAGAAGCUCAGUUUAGGAAUUACCAAAUGUUGUUUGAUUAUAUCAAUUCCAACCCUGGCUUGAAUGCAGAGGCUAAUUUUGGUACUUUAGAUGAUUAUUUCCGAGUGCUACGUGAUGAGGCUGACAGAGUAAACUAUUCUCGUCCACAUGAGAUUGGAUCUGGUGAGAUUGGGGGGUUCCCUUCUCUGUCAGGUGAUUUCUUCACUUAUGCUGACAGGCAACAGGAUUACUGGAGCGGCUAUUAUGUCUCCAGGCCUUUCUUCAAGGCAGUUGAUCGUGUUUUGGAGCAUAACCUUCGCAGUGCUGAAAUGUUGAUGGCUUUCCUAUUAGGAUACUGCCAGAGAUUACAGUGUGAAAAAUUGCCUACUGGAUUUUCCUACAAAUUGACCGCAGCGAGAAGGAACUUGGCGCUUUUUCAGCAUCAUGAUGGGGUCACUGGUACUGCCAAGGACCAUGUGGUGCAGGACUAUGGAACACGGAUGCACUUGGCUGUGCAAGACCUUCAAAUUUUUAUGUCUAAGGCUAUUGAGGUGUUACUAGGGAUGCGCCAUGAGAAAAAUGACCAACCUCCUUCUCAGUUUGAACCAGCACAGUCGAGAUCUAAAUAUGAUGCCCAACCAGUGUUUAAAGCCAUCAGCGCUCGUGAAGGAACUGUUCAGACGGUGGUCCUUUUCAAUCCAUCAGAGCAGACAAGAAAUGAAGUUGUCAUGGUCACUGUUGAGAGGCCGGAUGUAACUAUCUUGGACUCAAACUGGACAUGUAUUAAAAGCCAGAUAUCUCCAGAGUUGUCACAUGAUAAGAAAAGAACUUUAUCUGGAAGACAUCGUGUGUACUGGAAAGCUUCAGUACCUGCCAUGGGACUGCAAACGUAUUAUGUUGCUAACGGAUUUGCUGGAUGUGAGAAGGCAAUACCUGCACAACUUAGAAUAUUAGUGUCUGCUGGAAAUUUCUCCUGCCCAGCAUCAUACACUUGCUCAAAGUUGGACAGCAGUGAAGCAGUAAUCCAGAAUGAACAUCUGACACUCACUUUUAGUACCAAGUUUGGCUUGUUGAAGAAAGUAAGUCAUAGUGAUGGUAGACAAAAUGCUAUUGAUGAAGAAAUUGGUAUGUACUCUAGCACAGGUGGAGCCUACCUGUUCAAACCGGAAGGUGAGGCUGAGCCAAUCAUACAAGCUGGUGGGAUUAUGGUUAUCUCGGAGGGCCAUUUGGUACAGGAGGUCUAUUCUUACCCAAUGACAGCAUGGGACAAAUCUCCAAUUUCCCAUAGCACCCGUAUAUAUAACGGUCACAAUACCAUACAGGAACACAUUAUUGAGAAGGAGUAUCAUGUUGAGCUUCUUGGUCAUGAACUCAAUGACAGGGAAUUGAUAGUUAGGUACAAGACUGAUAUUGAAAACAAAAGGAUUUUCUAUUCUGAUCUAAAUGGAUUCCAGAUGAGCCGUAGAGAAACGUAUGAUAAGAUCCCUACACAGGGCAACUAUUAUCCAAUACCUUCUCUUGCAUUCAUGCAAGGACCACAUGGACACCGCUUCUCUGUCCACACUAGGCAGUCUUUGGGUGUUGCAAGUCUCAAGGAUGGAUGGUUAGAAAUAAUGCUUGACAGGAGAUUGGUAAGGGAUGAUGGACGUGGUCUAGGCCAAGGAGUGAUGGAUAACCAUGCAAUGAAUGUUGUUUUCCAUAUCCUUGUGGAGUCUAAUGUUACAGCAGCUGCAAACCAAACUACAGGUCCUCAUCCUCUAAAUCCGUCUCUUCUAUCGCAUUUGGUUGGUGCCCACCUAAACUAUCCUCUUCAUGUAUUCAUUGCCAAGAAAUCUGAGGAAAUCUCUGUACAGCCACCCCCUAGAUCCUUUUCUCCCCUGGCAGCUUCUUUACCAUGUGACUUGCAUAUUGUCAACUUCAAGGUUCCUCGUCCUCUCAAGUAUACCCAACAACAACUUGAAGAGCCUAGGUUUGCCAUAGUCUUUCAGAGACGACACUGGGAUUCUUCUUACUGUAGAAAGGGCAGGUCAGAAUGUUCAAGUGUAGCUGAUGUGCCCGUUAAUCUGUUUUACAUGUUCAAGAAUCUGGCUGUGUUGAAUGCAAAGGCUACUUCUUUAAAUCUUUUGCAUGAUGACAUAGAGAUACUUGGCUAUAGCGACCAUUUUGGAGAUGGAGCUCAUGAUGGGCAUGUUCUCAUUUCACCCAUGGAGAUACAGGCUUACAAGUUGGAACUAAGGCCCCACUAGUGAAGGUAGAGAGAGCCCUUGUAUAUCUUUUUCCCAACUGAAGCUGAAUUAGGGUGUGCUAGUUUAAGCACCACCACUGCAACUAUUUUUCCACACCGCAACUUUAACAUCUACUGUAUUUUGGAGAGAUGAAGGUAGAAAUUCUCACAGUUGCGGUUUGCCUAGAGGGUUUUUGACAUUGUUAGUUGAGGCUUGAGGGCUUGGGAAUUGUUCCUGCUGUAACAGCUACUUCAGAAAACAUUCAGAGAAGAACCUUAUGGUACUGAAAGUGCUGGUGUUAUCUCAUCUUAUAUGAAGAACUGCAUUGCACAUGGUUCUCUUCCAAGAAGAUGUUCAAGUAGGCGGGAUUAGAAUGCUUGCGUAAUUUUAUAGGGUAGAAGUUAAGGUUAUUAUUAGAAUAUAGUACAUGUUUUUGUUAUUAAGCUAUAGAUGACACUGCUCGACAGAUUGUGUGCAAAUGAUGAGUCUUUUUGAAAAAAUAUUUCCUCAGAAAGUAA